AUGUCUGAGCUGCGCUUUGACAACCAGACCGUCGUCGUAACAGGCGCCGGUGGUGGCCUCGGUAAGGCCUAUGCCCUCUUCUUUGCCUCGCGGGGCGCCAACGUCGUCGUGAACGACCUCGGUGGCUCGCACGCCGGUGAGGGUACCUCCUCCAAGGCGGCCGAUGUCGUGGUCGAGGAGAUCAAGGCUGCCGGCGGCAAGGCCGCGGCCAACUACGACAGCGUCGAGAACGGUGAUGCCAUCAUCGAGACCGCCAUCAAGAACUUUGGCCGCGUCGAUAUCCUCAUCAACAACGCCGGUAUCCUCCGGGAUGUCAGCUUCAAGAACAUGAAGGAUCAGGACUGGGACCUGAUCAACCGUGUCCACACCUAUGGUGCCUACAAGUGUGCUCGCGCCGCUUGGCCCCACUUCCGGAAGCAGAAGUACGGCCGUGUCAUCAACACCGCCUCGGCUGCCGGUCUGUUCGGCAGCUUCGGCCAGGCCAACUACUCUGCCGCCAAACUCGGCCAGGUCGGUUUCACCGAGACCCUCGCCAAGGAGGGUGCCAAGUACAACAUCCUCGCCAACGUCAUUGCGCCCAUCGCCGCGAGCCGGAUGACCGCCACGGUCAUGCCCCCCGAUGUCCUCGAGAACCUCAAGCCCGACUGGAUCGUGCCCCUGGUGGCCGCCCUGGUGCACCCCACCAACACCACCAACUCCGGUGGCAUCUACGAGGUCGGCGGUGGCCACAUGGCCAAGAUCCGCUGGGAGCGCGCCAAGGGUGCCCUCCUCAAGACCGACGCCUCCCUCACCCCCGGCGCCAUCGCCCGCAAGUGGAACGAUGUCAACGACUACUCCAAGCCCGACUACCCCACCGGCCCCGCCGAUUUCAUGACCUUCCUCGAGGAUGGCCUGAAGACCCCCUCCGCCCCCGCCGGUGAGGAGCCCAACUACCAGGGCAAGGUCGCCCUCGUCACCGGUGGUGGCGCCGGUCUCGGCCGCACCUACUGUCUGCUGUUCGCCAAGUACGGCGCCGCCGUCGUCGUCAACGACCUCGUCGACCCCGAGCCCGUCGUCCAGGAGAUCCGCAAGAUGGGCGGCAAGGCCGUCGGCAACAAGGCCUCGUGCGAGGACGGUGAGGGCGUCAUCAAGUCCGCCAUCGACGCCUUUGGCCGCAUCGACAUCCUGGUCAACAACGCCGGUAUCCUGCGCGACAAGGCCUUCAACAACAUGUCCGACGACCUCUGGAACCCCGUCGUCAACGUCCACCUGCGUGGCACCUACAAGGUCACCAAGGCCGCCUGGCCCUACAUGCUGAAGCAGAAGUACGGCCGUAUCGUCAACACCGCCAGCACCAGCGGUAUCUACGGCAACUUUGGCCAGGCCAACUACGCCGCCGCGAAACUCGGUAUCCUCGGUUUCUCCCGCACGCUCGCCAUGGAGGGUGCCAAGUAUAACAUCAAGGUCAACACCAUCGCCCCCAACGCCGGCACCAACAUGACCCGCACCAUCAUGCCCGAGGAGAUGGUCCAGGCCUUCAAGCCCGACUACGUCGCUCCCCUGGUCGGCCUCCUCUGCUCCGACAUCGUCCCCGAGCCCUCCACCAAGGGCCUGUUCGAGUGCGGCAGCGGCUGGUUCGCCCGGACCCGCUGGCAGCGCGCCGGCGGCCACGGCUUCCCCGUGGACGUCCAGCUGACCCCCGAGGAGGUUGUCAAGCACUGGAACCAGAUUACCAACUUCGACGACGGCCGUGCCGACCACCCCGAGGACGGCCAGGCGGGCACCGAGAAGAUCAUGGCCAACAUGAGCAACCGCGCCGGCGGUGACGCCAGCGAGGGCAACGACAUCCUGGCCAACAUCGAGCAGGCCAAGCAGGCCUCCAGCGAGGGCACUCCCUUCGACUACGUCGACCGCGACAUCAUCCUGUACAACCUCAGCCUGGGUGCCAAGCGCACCGACCUGCCCCUGGUGUACGAGAACAACGAGAACUUCCAGGCCCUCCCCACCUACGGUGUGAUCCCCUGGUUCAACACCGCCACCCCCUGGAACAUGGGCGACAUCGUCAAGGACUUCUCCCCCAUGAUGCUGCUGCACGGUGAGCAGUACAUGGAGGUCCGCAAGUUCCCCAUCCCCACCGAGGCCCGCACCAAGACCUACCCCAAGCUCAUCGACGUCGUCGACAAGGGCAACGCCGCCCUGGUCGUUGCCGGCUACACCACCAAGGAUGUCGCCACCGGUGAGGACCUCUUCUACAACGAGUCCACCGUCUUCAUCCGCGGCAGCGGUGGCUUCGGCGGCUCGUCCAAGCCCACUGCCCAGCGCCCCAAGGGUGCCACCGCCUCCUACAAGGCCCCCGCGCGCCAGCCCGACGCUGUCGUCCAGGAGAAGACCUCCGAGGACCAGGCCGCCCUCUACCGUCUCAACGGUGACCGCAACCCGCUGCACAUCGACCCCGACUUCAGCAAGGUCGGUGGCUUCAAGACCCCCAUCCUGCACGGCCUGUGCUCGCUGGGUGUCGCCGGCAAGCACGUCUUCUCCAAGUUCGGUGCCUUCAAGAACCUGAAGGUCCGCUUCUCUGGCGUCGUGCUGCCCGGCCAGACCCUCAAGACCGAGAUGUGGAAGGAGGGCAACACGGUGCUCUUCCAGGCCACCGUCGUCGAGACCGGCAAGCCCGCCAUCACCGGCGCCGGUGUGGAGCUGCUGGAGGGUGCCAAGGCCAAGUUGUAA